AUGCGGAGCCCUGAAACUGAUGCAGGUGCCAAGCUUGUUUUAUCUACUGAGAGCACCUCAUUCUAUUUAUCAUCUGGCCUAUUUGAAUUGUCUUCCAGCUUCUUCACUCGACCAGGUUCAGGGGGCGACUUGCCCCUAGUUGGUGAGUCCAACUCAUUCCCAGUGAAUCGGAGGAUGAACUCCUUCCAAUCUGUUCCAAUGGAUGAUGAUAUGGAGGGUGGUAACUUGGGGCCUUACCAAGAAAGGGCAAGGGUAUUCCCUAACAUGCGCACUAAACCAUAUACCCCCUUGACCUUUCACCUCAUGAGAAUAGAUGUCCGUGUUCUUUUUAUGCUUAUGCUCUUGGGAUUUGGAGCUAUCUUUUAUAUUGGUGCGAGCAGCUCCCCAAUCAUUAUAUUUGUCUUCUCAGUUUGCACAAUCAGUUUUCUCCUGUCAAUAUAUCUUACUAAGUGGGUCCUAGCAAAGGAUGAGGGACCUCCUGAGAUGGCCCAGAUAUCAGAUGCUAUACGUGAUGGGGCUGAAGGUUUCUUUAGAACACAGUAUGGAACUAUCUCAAAGAUGGCUGUGCUACUAGGUUUGGUGAUCCUCAGCAUAUACUUGUUUCGCCAUAGAACGCCUCAGCAAGAAUCUUCUGGCCUAGGGAGGUCAACGUCUGCAUUUAUUACUGUCGCUGCUUUUCUUCUUGGGGCCUUGUGUUCUGUGGGUCGAACUGCUCAGGAGGUUGUUAAUGAAGUAAGAAGACAGUUCAUUGAGAGGCCAGGCAUCAUGGAUUACAAGGAGAAACCAGAUUAUGGUCGAUGUGUAUCUAUUGUUGCAUCUGCUUCUUUGAGGGAGAUGAUAAAGCCUGGGGCAUUGGCCAUUAUAUCACCUAUUGUUGUUGGUUUUGUGUUUCGGGUGCUGGGAUAUUAUACAGGGCAUCCAUUACUUGGUGCCAAAGUGGUGGCUGCCAUGUUAAUGUUUGCCACUGUUUCUGGCAUUCUCAUGGCUCUUUUCCUGAACACUGCUGGAGGCGCCUGGGAUAAUGCAAAGAAGUACAUCGAAACCGGCGCUCUUGGUGGCAAAGGCAGUGACUCCCACAAAGCAGCAGUUACUGGUGACACGGUAGGAGAUCCCUUCAAAGACACUGCUGGACCGUCACUUCAUGUACUUAUCAAAAUGCUUGCAACAAUAACCCUUGUCAUGGCUCCUAUCUUUCUGUGA